UGCUUCUGUGUGUGUGUGUGUGUGUAGGUGGCCGGACACCGGGAUUAGAACGAAGCGCGAACGCGAACAAACAUUUAAUACGAAAAUUAUAAUAAAGUAUUUUUUGAAAAAAUAUACAUAACUAUAUAUUAAUAUAUAUUAAGUUGAAAGUGAAACCGAGUCAAUUAAAUACAGUCUCAGGCAAAAACCAAUAAUAAGCAAUAAUGGCCUCAAUACAACAACAACAACAAAAACAACAGCCACUUCAACAACCCAAACAACAACAAUUUGCACUAUUGCCCAAGAUCAUUAAUGGUGGCAUAGCCGGCAUUAUUGGGGUAACAUGUGUAUUUCCACUGGAUUUGGUCAAGACGCGACUGCAGAAUCAGCAAGUGGGUCCAAAUGGCGAACGAAUGUACAACAGCAUGAUCGAUUGCUUCCGCAAGACAUAUGCGGCUGAAGGAUAUUUUGGAAUGUAUCGCGGCUCUGGUGUCAAUAUUCUAUUAAUUACACCCGAGAAGGCCAUUAAAUUGACAGCUAAUGACUAUUUUCGUCAUAAGUUGACCACCAAGGAUGGAAAACUGCCAUUGACAAGUCAAAUGGUAGCCGGUGGUUUGGCUGGUGCUUUCCAAAUUAUUGUCACAACUCCAAUGGAAUUGCUCAAGAUUCAAAUGCAGGAUGCAGGACGUGUGGCUGCUGCUGCCAAGUUGGCCGGCAAGACCGUGGAGAAGGUAUCGGCCACCCAAUUGGCUACACAACUUAUCAAAGACAAGGGCAUUUUCGGCUUGUAUAAGGGCAUUGGCGCAACUGGGCUAAGGGAUGUCACCUUUUCGGUUAUCUACUUUCCAUUAUUUGCCACACUCAACGAUUUGGGACCGAGGCGUAAAGAUGGUUCCGGUGAAGCUGUUUUCUGGUGUUCAUUCUUGGCCGGCUUGGCGGCUGGUUCGACGGCGGCCUUGGCUGUCAAUCCAUUUGAUGUGGUCAAGACACGUCUGCAGGCCAUAAAGAAGGCCGACGGUGAGAAGGAGUUCAAGGGCAUUUCCGAUUGCAUAACUAAAACUUUGAAACACGAGGGACCGACAGCUUUCUUCAAGGGAGGACUUUGCCGUAUGAUUGUGAUUGCUCCAUUGUUUGGCAUUGCACAAACCGUAUACUAUUUGGGAGUAGCCGAAGGUUUGCUUGGAGUGGAAAAGAAAUAAAUUCAAUGGAAUUAUCGACAAAGUGUGCAAGAAAUGAAAGGCAUUUCCCAUUAACUAUCCAUAGAAUGUUGAAUGUGUAUUAUAUAUAUAUAUGUUUACUUUGUGUGUUAAUUGUUGUUAAAGCUGUCCAUUGUAAAGUCUCAAAUUUAAGCGAAAAGUUCUAUAAGACAAUUGUUAAAGUUUGUUUUUGUUUCCAGCGAAUAUAUAUCUACAUACAUAUGUAUGUAUAUACUUAUUAACUAUACAGGCAGAAUGAAAAUUUCAAUUCACAAUGACAAUAAGAUAAUGUAAAAGGAUCGAUGCUAUUAAGAUUUAUGUAAAUGUUUUGUGCUUUCGUUCAUUUAGUAUAAUUUAGGUCUCUCUAUAUAUUGCCAUAACAAAACAAAAAAAAAAAAAAAAAUUACCCUUCGGUCUUCUUUGCUUCUAAUUGUAUCUAUUAGAAAAGAUUUUGCAUUUCCUUUUUAUUUGUUGUCAAUAUGACUUAGAGCAAUUUAUUUAGAUAUCUAAUACAUACAAAUAAAAAGAUAUAUAUAAACACAUACAUAUAUAUACACUGCUGACAUAAUGAUAAAGAUAAAUAUAUAUAAAGAUUAAA